CGUGGACAAUCAUGCAUGUGCUCUUCUGGGGCUUGGGCUUCCUACUGCUCCCGGAUUUCUUGAAUGUAGUCGCAUCCGCGGGGAGAUUGCUUUGGAGUUCACGCGCAGAGCCGGAGGAGCUGGGCGCGUAUGAGAUUGUGACGCCGCAGCGGGUGAAUGAAGCCGGUGACAAGUUGCCAACCAGCGCGCAUUUCAGGAGGAAGAGGAGAAGUUUGGACGAAGUUCAGACGGAGCUCUGGGACUCGGAUCACGUCCACUACAGGAUAUCUGCCUUCGGGAAACACUAUCACCUCAACCUGACGCUGGACGCGGGAUUUAUUGCUCCUCUGUACACUGUGACCGUACUAGGAGCGCCCCAAGGAGCAAACAGGACAGAUGCGGAGGGAGAGGGGAAGGAGAGGGGGGAGGAGGGGGAGGAAGAAGAAGAGGACACGGAGUUAAGGCACUGCUUUUACAGAGGACAUGUAGACGCACAGGAACAACACGCAGCCGUCAUCAGCUUGUGCUCCGGACUGCUUGGCACUUUCAGGUCUCCAGAUGGGGAGUACUUUGUGGAGCCCCUGCACAGCUACGAAGGGGAACACUUCGAGGAAGAACACACAAAACCUCACGUCGUGUACAAGAAACGUGCAUCAAAGAACCACACGUCUGAAGCAACCUCGGCUUGUGACACUUCAGGACACAAACACCGACAUAAGAGACACAAGCUGAAGAGGACGCCAGCCACCGGGGUCACCGCUGUCUCCCAGCCUGAAGUCAGAACCAGUAUAUUCAACGACCUGGAGUCUCUGAGCGUCAGCCUGGCCGGUAACGCUCGGCUCAAAUCCGAGCAGGGCAUUAGCAGCACUAGACCAUCAAAUGAUAGCAGCGGGGACUCAGGACCUCACAGGAGAUCAAAGCGUUUCCUCUCCUACCCGCGCUUUGUUGAAGUCAUGCUGGUCGCCGACAGCAAAAUGGUGGAGCAUCAUGGCAACAACCUGCAGCACUACAUCCUCACGUUAAUGUCCAUAGUUUCUUCCAUCUACAAGGAUCACAGCAUAGGCAACCUGAUUAACAUUGUGAUCGUUAAGUUAGUGAUAAUGAACAACGAGUUGGACGGUCCAGUCAUCUCCUUCAACGCACAGACCACUUUAAAGAACUUCUGCAUCUGGCAGCAGAGUCAGAAUGUCUUGGAUGAUAGCCACCACUCCCAUCACGACACAGCCAUCCUUAUCACCAGGCAAGACAUCUGCAGAGCGAGGGAUAAGUGUGACACCUUAGGACUUGCAGAGCUGGGUACAGUGUGUGAUCCGUACAGAAGCUGCAGCAUCAGUGAGGACAAUGGGCUCAGCACGGCCUUCACUAUAGCCCACGAACUCGGCCAUGUAUUCAACAUGCCUCAUGACGACAGUAACAAGUGUAAGGAGGACGGAGUGAAGAUCCAGCAACAUGUGAUGGCUCCCACGCUUAAUUACAACACAAACCCUUGGUUGUGGUCCAAAUGUAGCAGGAAGUACAUCACAGAGUUUCUAGACACAGGAUACGGCGAGUGCUUGCUGGACGAGCCCGUGUCUCGGCCGUACAGUCUGUCGCAGCAGCUGCCCGGGCGGAUAUACAGCGUCAAUAAACAGUGCGAGUUGAUAUUUGGACCUGGAACGCAGUUGUGCCCUUACAUGAGUCAGUGUCGGAGGCUGUGGUGCACCAGUCCGGAGGGAGCCCAGAGGGGCUGCAGGACGCAGCACAUGCCGUGGGCAGAUGGCACCGAAUGCUCACCUGGGAAGCACUGCAAACACGGCUCGUGUAUAGUCAGAGAGCACAACACCGCGCCUGUGGAGGGGGCGUGGGGGGGUUGGAGUCCUUUCGGCACCUGCUCACGAACGUGCGGCGGCGGCAUAAUGAUAGCGAUGCGCGAAUGCAACCAGCCCUUGCCCAAGAACGGAGGAAUGUACUGCGUCGGCCGCCGGAUGAAGUUUCGUUCUUGCAACUCGGAGCCCUGCUCUAAACAAAAGAAGGACUUCAGGGAGGAGCAGUGUGCUGCUUUUGAUGGCAGGCACUUCAACAUCAACGGUCUACCUCCUAAUGUUCGCUGGGUGCCCAAAUACAGCGGAAUCCUGAUGAAGGACAGGUGUAAGCUGUUCUGCAGAGUGGCGGGCAGCACGGCCUACUAUCAGCUCAGGGACAGGGUCAUCGACGGCACGCCAUGUGGACCCGACACCAACGACAUCUGUGUGCAGGGCCUGUGCAGGCAAGCAGGCUGUGAUCACGUACUGAACUCUAAAGCCAGGAGAGACAAGUGUGGAGUGUGUGGAGGUGAUAACUCUUCCUGCAAAACCGUAGCAGGCACCUUCAACAUUGUGCACUACGGCUAUAAUGAAGUAGUCCGUAUACCCAGUGGUGCUACAAACAUAGAUGUGCGUCAGCACAGCUACUCAGGGAAACCGGAGGAUGACAACUACCUCGCCGUAUCAAGCAGCCGCGGAGAAUUCCUGCUCAACGGAGAAUUUGUGGUCAGCAUGUUCAAAAGGGAAAUCAAAGUAGGAGAAGCUGUCGUCGAGUACAGCGGCUCCGAUCACGUGAUCGAGAGGAUCAACUGUACCGAUCGCAUCGAGGAGGAGAUCAUUGUCCAGGUGCUGUCCGUCGGGAACCUUUACAACCCAGAUGUCAGGUACUCCUUUAAUAUCCCCAUCGAGGAUAAGCCUCAGCAGUUCUUCUGGGACGCGUAUGGGCCCUGGCAGGAGUGCAACCGUCUGUGCCAAGGUGAGCGUAAGCGUAAGAUUCUGUGCAGUAGAGAAUCGGACGGUGUGGUGGUGUCAGACCAGAGGUGUCACGGUACAGCUCGACCUGCUGUCAUCACCGAGCCCUGCAACGCUGAAUGUGAACUCAGGUGGCACGUGGCUCGUAAAAGUGAAUGCACAGCUCAGUGUGGCCUCGGAUAUCGCACUCUGGAAAUAUAUUGCACCAAGUUCAGCCGCCCCGAUGGCAAGAUCCAGAAGGUUGAUGACCGCUACUGCAGUGGUCAACGCAAACCUGAGGAUAAAGAAAGUUGCCAUGGAGACUGUAACCCCGGUGGUUGGGAUUACUCUCCCUGGUCAGAGUGCUCAAAAAGCUGCGGUGGCGGCACUCGACGUCGAGGGGCGGUGUGUCGAAAGGUCGCUGAGGGCAGCGGGGAUGAGAGCAAAUGCAGUCAAAGGGACAAACUGACCGUCCAAUCCUGCAACGAUUUCCACUGCCCACAAUGGAAAACUGGUGACUGGUCCGAGUGCCUUGUAACGUGUGGGAAAGGCUACAAGCAUCGUCAGACGUGGUGUCAGUUUGGUGAGGAGCGUCUGGACGACCAUUUUUGUGGCUCAUCGAAACCCGAGUCAGUGCAGACUUGCCAGCAACAAGAGUGUGCGUCUUGGCAAGUUGGACCGUGGGGACAAUGCACUACCUCUUGUGGGUCGGGCUACCAGAUGCGAGCAGUGAAGUGUGUGGUGGGCUCCUAUGGUUCUGUGGUGGAUGACACUGAAUGUAAUGCUGCCACACGACCCACAGAUACCCAGGACUGUGAAGUAGCUCAGUGUCCCAGCAGCCAACCAGUUCCCCCAGGAACUAAAGUCCCUUCUCACCAGGGCCACAAAACCCAGUGGCGUUUUGGUUCCUGGACUCAGUGUAGCGCCAGCUGUGGCAAAGGGUCGCGGAUGCGCUACGUGAGUUGCCGGGACAACCAUGGCGGGGUUGCAGAGGAAUCGGCAUGCAUUCACUUGCCAAAACCCCCUGCCAGGGAAGUUUGCUCGGUAGUAGCUUGUGGGCAGUGGAAAGUGCUGGAAUGGUCAGCGUGCUCUGUGAGUUGUGGGCAGGGAAAGACGACGCGGCAGGUGCUAUGCCUUAACUUCAGUGAACAGGAAGUGAACGCCAGUGAAUGUGACCCAGACGAUCGUCCUGCCACAGAGCAGGACUGUGCUAUGUCUCAGUGCCCGUCCAGCUCCAGUGAGUCCCGGCCUUCACCGUCUUCACCAGACACCAGCGCCAGAAACAACCUGCUGCACAGCCAGUCCCACCAAUGGCGUACCGGACCCUGGGGCGCGUGCUCCAGCACAUGUGCAGGAGGCUUCCAGCGUCGCGUUGUGGUGUGCCAGGACGAGAACGGUUACCCUGCCAGCAGCUGUGAGGAUCGCAGCCGACCCAACGAGCAGCGAUCCUGCGAAUCAGGCCCGUGUCCUCAGUGGGUCUAUGGAAACUGGGGCGAGUGCACUAAGCCUUGUGGAGGAGGGAUUAAGACGAGGCUGGUGGUGUGUCAGCGUCCAAACGGCGAGCGUUUCAGCGAUCUGAGCUGCGAGAUCCACGACAAGCCACCAGAUCGAGAGCAGUGCAAUACUCAUCCGUGCUCCUCGAGCCCUCACUGGAGCACAGACCCAUGGAGCUCGUGUUCAGCGUCCUGUGGAAGAGGCGUCCGAACCCGCAAGGUGAGCUGCGUAGCCGAGUCCGGCCGUUCGAUCCCGGAGGAAAACUGCCUCCAGCUGUCCCCCAAACCCAGCAAGCAGAAGCGCUGCAGAGGUGGGCGAUGCCCCAAGUGGAAGACUGGCAGCUGGGGGGAGUGUUCGGCUUCAUGUGGCGACGGCAUCCAGCGGCGAGAGGUUUUCUGCCAAGUCGGUGACCGCCGGAGUUCUCAGGAGAGCGGCUGUUCCCAGCGUUCCCGACCGCCGUCCAGCCAGACUUGUCGGGUCGGAGACUGUCCCGCUCGGUACCGAUGGAGGGAGGGCGACUGGCAGCCGUGCAGUGAGUCGUGCGGAUCGGGCCACCGAAGGCGAGCGUUGCAUUGUGUGGAUUACAACCAACAGGAGGUCCAUGAAAUGCACUGCAUGAACCAGAUCAGACCGCCAGACAUGGAGAGCUGCAACACACACGCCUGCGAAUUAAUCUGGAUUACCGGGGAGUGGACGGAGUGCUCAGUCAGCUGUGGUCAAGGCUACCACCAGCGUCUCAUCUCCUGCAGUGAGGUCCAUGUGGAGAACGACAACUAUGAGUACGGCCACCAGUCUUUGUCCGACUGUCCUGGAACCCCCCCAGAGAGAUACAUGCCCUGUAAUCUGGGCCAGUGCCCACCGCCACAGGAGUGGAGGGCAGGAAACUGGGAACCGUGCUCAGUGAGCUGUGGGGACGGCGUGAUGGAAAGGACAGUGUGGUGUGUCUCAGCAGACGGACAAGAAAGUAACCGAUGUUCUCUGGAUGCAAUGCCCAACACCAGAAAAGUCUGCACCAACCCAAGCUGCCGCCUGCCUUCUAGCUGUCUUGACAUCCAAAGCAUGAACGGCCCCAUGCAGGACACCGAACACUUCCUUAAUGUUCAAGGAAAAGUCCUCAAGGUUUAUUGUGCAGGAAUGCAGACAGAGGCUCCGCAGGAGUUCGUCACCUUGACGACCGGCGAGGAGGAGAAUUUCUCUGAGAUCUUCGGCUUCAGGCUCAACGACCCCACACAAUGCCCGGCCAACGGCUCUAGAAGAGACGACUGUGACUGUCGAAGAGACUACACAGCCGCAGGCAUCACCUCCUUCUCUAAAGUUCGCCUGGACCUUAGAAGGAUGCACAUCAUCACUACAGACUGGACGUUUGCUUCCACUCGUGAAGGCAAGAGUGUCCCGUUUGCAACAGCUGGAGACUGUUACAGCUUGGCAAGCUGUCCACAGGGUGUGUUCAGGAUCAACUUGUCAGGAACAGGUUUAAAGGUGGCGGAGGACGCCUCGUGGAUCUCCCAGGGCAACUACGCAGUGGCUAAUGUGCAAAAAUCACAGGACGGCAGCAGAGUGUCAGGAAUCUGUGGAGGCUACUGUGGAAAAUGUGCUCCGUCCUCUGACAGCAGUCUGCCUGUAACCAUGGAGUAG